AUGGUCACAGAUAAUUAUCUCCCUGUGAAAUUUCCUGAAGAACUUUCUUAUGUGGGUUUGAGCCAUAUUGUGAUUUGGGUUAGUUUAAGCGAGGUAGUUAGCGAACCAGUAAGUGAAAGUGUACAUAUAUUCGUUUAUUCGAAAAUGAAUAUAGUUAGCAGUGUAGAAAGUAAUAACAAAGAUGAUAAAAUUGAAACGAUUCUUAAUAUGAUAAGGAACCAAGUAGAUCAGUGUAGUACCGUAAAAGAGGAUAAGCCAUCGGAACCCGAAUUAACGACGGAUCAAAGGAUCCAACAACUGGUAAUGGAAGAGAAUCAAUUGUCAACACAGUUCCAAAAGGUCAGAAAGGAACUAAGUUAUUAUGAGAGGAGAUAUGAAAAGAUGUUGAAAAAAAGAGUGAGACACUUGAAGAUACAGAUUAAAGAGGAUCUUAAAAAAUUAAAAGAAAUAAAACAAAAAUAUUUUGAACUAAACUCUCAGCUAGAUACAGAAUCCUCUAAAUUGGAGAAAGCGGAAGAGAAGAAAUCAGAGGGAGCAAGCAACUCUUUAAACGUAAAUACGCUGUCAUCUCAAUUUAAGCAAAACGAUAUACCGCUUAGUAGCAAGAUUAAAAUUAGCAUUAAGAAAAAUGAAAGCUCAUGCAGCAGUGAGAUACAUUUCGUUCACGAUAUUAAUGGGCAAAAUGCAUUUACAAAUCUAGUUGAAAUUGUAAAACCUAUGGCCCUGAACACUCGAGAAUGUAGAAUUAUCUUGCAAAAGUUAACAGAAGAGCAAAUUAACAAGUAUAUUGAUCAGAAGAGGUUAAGUCAACCGCAAAUAGAAUACAAAGAAAUAACGCAAGAUUAUUUACAAGAAAUCAAUAAAAGUAUCGUUUGCCCAAAUUGGCACAUAAAAAUUCCAAGAUCUGUAUUUGAAGAAAGUCAGAAGGAAAGUAGAAAAUCCAUAUCUGAAGAAAGUCAGAAGGAAAGUAGAAAAUCCAUAUCUGAAGAAAGUCAGAAGGAAAGUAGAAAAUCCAUAUCUGAAGAAAGUCAGAAGGAAAGUAGAAAAUCCAUAUCUGAAGAAAGUCAGAAGGAAAGUAGAAAAUCCAUAUCCGAAGAAAGUCAGAAGGAAAGUAGAAAAUCCAUAUCCGAAGAAAGUCAGAAGGAAAGUAGAAAAUCCGAUUUAAAUGUAGCUUCUUGCUCAGGAGAAGUCAUUUAAUUAGAUUGAUACAACUGACUAUUAAUAGUAAUACUUAUGUUAUAUGUUAGCCAGAAAAUGUUGUAUAUGUCAAUAUCUUCCCAAAUCUUUGUUACUGCACAACAAUACAGAUUAGUUGCAGAAUAGUUUUAAUAAGAAAAUAUAUUAGAAAGAUAUAAUUGUGUAACAAAACUCCAAGCAAGUGUUGCCACAUUGAUCUUGCAUUACUGAUGACACCUAUGCAGUGUUUCACUCAAAGUACAUUCAAUGUAAUUGAGCAUUAGAAGAAAAAAAAGAAUCAUAUUUUGAUGUCAUUUAUUUUCAUUUCAUAUAUUGCUUUUAGGAUAAACCAAACAAAAGACACGAUUAAAAUAUGAUUACGAUAAAAAUUCAAAGAGAAAACAUGUGAAACAAUAUAAUAUUAAAAAAUAAAUUUCAUAAAUAUCAUAUUACUCAUAAAAUAAAGUAAUCAAUGUUGUAUACGCAGUUUUAUCUAAAAAUUUGUUUGAAAUAAUUUAUUUUUUUAUUUUAUUUCAUUAAUUUCAGCAGUAUUAGUACAAAGAUAUGAUAUUAAGUUCUUCUUUUAUAUUUAUUAAAAAAACCUUAAGUAUCUUUUUUCCAUUUACAUUUCAUUGGUAAUAAUAAUUUCAUCUUUUAUAUAAAAUUUUAAUUUUGUUAGAAAAUAUAUUUAUAAAUUUCAUAAUCUUUUCAUGCAUUCAUUUUAUUGGCUUUCAAAUUGUAAAAGAAUUAUGGAUUUAAUUGUUACAAGGUAAUAUUUUUGGUAGAAAGUAACCUUAAAAAUACUACAUCAUUUGAAAUGUAAUAUAACACUUUGAAUAAAACAUGACUAUAUAUAUAUAUAUGUUUUAUCAUAUUUUAUUUAUAUGUAUUGGUGUGUACCGUCACAGUAAAUUAUGUACCAUUUUAUUGUCAACAUAUAAUUUUAACAAAUAGAGUUCAACCUUCUCGUAUGCUGUCUUUUUAAUAUGUAUAAAUGUGAAAUUAAAAAUGUUAAUAAUUAAAUAUUCUAAAUAAAAGCACUUACUACACACGUAAUUAUCGCAAUGUGAAGAACUUGAUAUCAGUAUUAAAACAUAAAUAUGCAAGUUAAUAAAUAAGAUCAAUCUAGCAUGUUUUCCUUUAAUAAUAACAAUAAUAAUAAUUAUCAAAGUCUUCUUCUAUGAAUAGUUAUAUUAUAUGAGUAGUUUUUAUGGUAUAAAAUGUCAAUUAAUAUAUAAAUGACGAUAUUUUGGUCUAACAAGUUUAUUGUGUAGAAUGUAUGUUGCUAUAAAAGGUAUAUAUACAUAUUCAUAUACAUAUACAUAUAAAAUAUACUUUGUAUUAUCAUAAAAUAGUUGUAAAAGUAGGAAAAUGUUUAUAAAUUAUUAUAAAAAGGUGCUUUAUAUUUUUAUUGUAAGAUACUAAUAUCUUAAUUUGUGAAAAGCACAUGUAACAAUAAUUUAUAAUAAUAAUAUACUCAUGUAAUUCUUAAAUGUUUAUAUUUA